CAUCCUUCUCUCUGCAGUGUUCGUUGCCAGUUUACUGCGACCGCCGACCAGCAACCAGCAUUGCAGCCUCCACUUUUUCCCACCCGCCCGAACCUUUGCGUCAUCUACAAAAGCAUAAAUAUCCCACCCAGUGUCAUCCUUGGAUGGGCUCGAAAACCUGCCAGCCUUUUCUUCUUCGUAAAAUAGGAAGUUCCAUUUCUGUUAUUUCCUUUCCCCAUCCGCCAUGAUCGAUAAAGUUAGACGGAACGUGCUUGAUGGCUUGAACAGUCGAUAUAUAUAUGGCCGCUGGCCGCUCUUGCAUACUCUUGUCUUCCUGAUUGAGAUGGCAGUCACGAUGAGACUCGCGGCGAAGUUCAACUCCUACUAUGCGGAGAAGCCGGUUUUGACCACGAUGGUCACCAAUGCUGUCCUAGGUGGCAUCGCAGAUACAGUAGCUCAAUCCAUAACUGCCGUACGGACACGCAUGGCAACCCACCGACGCUCCCGCAGCAAUGCCAACGACCCCAAUAACGACCUGGUCUCCAUCGAAAUACACAGCUUAAAUAAGGAAAAGCCGCCCGCGGUCGGCGAGCUGGGAUCCUACAACACCAGACACCUCGCAACACCCUUUGACUUCGAGCGGCUGACGCGGUUCAUGGCGUAUGGCUUCUUCAUGGCUCCCAUCCAGUUCCAGUGGUUUGGGUUCCUGGCGCGCUCCUUCCCCAUUACCACGACGCACGCCACGGUGCCGGCGUUGAAGCGGGUGGCGAUGGAUCAGCUGAUUUUUGCACCGAUUGGCCUCCUAUGCUUCUUCACAUUCAUGACGGUGGCAGAGGGCGGGGGAAGACGAGCGAUCGUACGCAAAAUGCAAGAUGUGUAUACUCCAACUUUGAAGGCGAACUUCAUGCUCUGGCCGGCGGUGCAAAUACUCAAUUUCCGCGUGAUUCCUAUCCAAUUUCAAAUUCCAUUCGUAUCCACCGUCGGGAUUGCGUGGACAGCAUACCUAUCUCUAGCCAACUCCGCCGAGGAAGAAUAGAGAGAGACAGAAAAAGCCGGUCUGGUGCUAGACGGAAAGAUGAAGGUGGAGCACGAUUUUCAUUUAGCUUGCCGUUAACCUGCAUUUAACCGACAACAAGUCUUUGACUUUUUUUUUUGAGCACGAUCGCCAUUAACAUUACCGGUUAUUUACUUUCGUGGGACGCUUAGCUGGUCUGAGAUUUUCUGCCCAGCGUUCUCUCGGGCCACCUCUUUGUUUUGGGUUUGGUCGACAUGGACGGCCAGUCAAAUUGACUGGUGAUUCGACUUUAAAUUCUGGAGUUCCUGGCUGGGAUUGUGGAAACCAUUGAUCUUAUACAUUGUGAGACGAUUGUUCCGUAUUACUGCUUUCCGGAGUUGAGGUUUUUGUUCCAGUGGGGUUUCAGUCCUUUUUACCGGAGUCCUUCAGGCGUUACGAGGUAGAUUUGAGCAUGUCAAUUGGAGCAGUUACGCAUUUUUUGGAAAAAGACGAAAAAGAAUUCUGACCAUCUAACUACUCCUAA